UUGGAACACUCUUAACCCAGGGCUCCAGGCCAGUCCCCCACGAGCCAGGUGAGCCGCCGCCACCUCCCCGGCGUCUGCGGGACCUGCUCCUCCAUGAACUUGCCAAAACCGGAGCGCCUGCGCCCCACACGGCAGCGCAGCCUCCCAAGCUCCGACGGGGAAGACGGUGAGAUCGACAUUCUGGGAGAGGAGGAAGAUGAAGACGAGGAGGAGGAAGAGGAAGACGAAGAGGCGGAGGAGAGCCAGCGGCUCCUAGAGGAGCUGCAACCGCCGGGGACGCAGGAGGCGCGGCGGGGCGCGGGCGCGCUUCCCCGAGAGCUCCCCGAGAGCGGCGGCGCCCCGAGCGACUCCUCCAAGUUCGGCGCCAAGUUCAGGGCUUCGAGCGGCCCUGCGGCGGCCUCUGGGGACGGCCCGCAGCCGGCGAAGCCCCCCUACUCGUACAUCGCGCUCAUCACCAUGGCCAUCCUGCAGAGCCCGCACAAGCGCCUCACGCUCAGCGGCAUCUGCGCCUUCAUCAGCGGCCGCUUCCCCUACUACCGCCGCAAGUUCCCCGCCUGGCAGAACAGCAUCCGCCACAACCUCUCGCUCAACGACUGCUUCGUCAAGAUCCCCCGCGAGCCCGGCCACCCCGGCAAGGGCAACUACUGGAGCCUGGACCCCGCCUCCCAGGACAUGUUUGACAACGGCAGCUUCCUCCGCCGCAGGAAGCGCUUCAAGCGCCACCACCCGCCCCCGGAGGUCCACCUGCACCACCCCUUGGCCCUGCCCGCCGCGCCCGUCGCCCUGCACGGCGCUUACCCGGGCCUGCUGCUCCGGCCGCCCGCCCCGCCGCAGCCAGUCCCGGGGCCCUACCCCGCCGCCGCCGCGAGCCGCCCGUGCGCGCUCCUGCACCCCCACCCGCUUCGCUACCUGCUGUUGUCGGCCCCGGCCCGCGCCGAGACGCCCAAGAAAGCGCAAGGCGCCGACCUGGCCACCCCAGGCGCGAUCUCGGCCUGCAGCCCUCCCUGCGCUCGCAGCUUCGGGAGGAGGGCAAGGCGCCGGCGGCGCGGCUGGGAGACGGAUGCUCACCCUUCAGUAUCGAGAGUAUCAUGCACGGGGCCCGGGGAGGGGGCACCAGGGCCGUGCAGAGUCCGCCCCCGACCCCGUGGGGCUACUGCCACCUGCUGCAGCGCCCGUCGUGCCUGUGGCACCACCGGGCCGCGACCCCCUUGCUGCACGUGUCUGCUGCGGCUGCCGCGGCCGCUGCCCGAACGAUUUUAGGGCAACAGCAGCCGCCGCCGCAGCCCCAGCAGCAGGAAUGU